AUAAUCAAAUCCACCGUGAAAUGCGAAAUUAGAAAAAGAGGGGGAAAAAAAAAGGCGAAAAGAAAAGCAAAAGCCUCUAUCUAUCGACUAUUAGGGUUUUGAUUUAUGAACGGAGCUGUCAAUUUCUUUAUUUUUGGUUUUGGAUGCCCUAGAAAUGGUUGGUGCUUCUUCUGUUGGUGCAGAGCAUCAGCAUCAGCAAGAAGAGAUCUCCGUCUCUUCUGUCUCAGAGCCGUCGUUACUAUUCGCCAAGGGCUCCCAGGUCGAAGUCGGCACCGACGAGGAGGGAUUCACGGGAUCCUGGUACGUCGCCACCGUCAUCGACACGCCUUCCACUCCCCCGCCGGUUUCCAAGAAGAAGAAGACCCCUAACGCCAGUAGUCAUGGUAAUAAGUACUGUGUGGAGUACCACAGCUUGUUGGACGACGAUGGCGCCACGCUCUUGAGGGAGCACGUCAAUGUCAAAUUCCUUAGGCCUUUGCCUCCCAUCACUCCUCCCCCUGUGUCCUUCGAGUUGCACGACUUUGUCGACGCUUUAUACCGCGACGGUUGGUGGACCGGCGUCAUUACCGGAGUCCUUGGCAAUUCCAGGUUCGUAGUUACCUUCCAGAACCCCCCCGACGAGAUCGAGUUCGGCUUGCUGGAGCUGCGAAGCCACCUCGAGUGGAUUGCUGGCAAUUGGGUUGGACCCAAAAAGCAGAUAGGAGCAGGAUCAUCGGUGUAUAGUGCAGGAAAACGGGUAGAGGUGUCUUUUGUUAGGGAAGAUUGUGGUGAGGCCUGGUUUCCAGCAACUGUCCUUGAAGACUUGUGCAACGGCUCAUUCCUGGUGGAGUACCACAGUAUAGGGGAUCAUGAUGAGAAUGUGCUUCAAAAAGUAAUUGUUGAUUUGCUGCAUAUUAGGCCUUCUCCACCACAUCUCAAGGAGAAAAAUUUUGGUUUGCUGGAAAAGGUGGAUGCCUUUUAUAGGUUUGGUUGGUGGGCUGGAGUGAUUACCAAAGAACUUGCCGAGAAAAGGUAUAUAGUGUAUUUUAAGCAUACAAACGAGGAUAAGGAACUCAGUCAGUCAGAAUUGAGACUUCACAUGGAAUGGAGUGAUGGCAAAUGGGUUGCUGCUUCAAAGGACAUACAGAUUCCAUCAGAUUGCUUGGAGCCCAUUGGACUUUUCUGCAAUGCUGCUAGCAAUACACCGAUUGCCAUUCUACCUGCUAAUUUAGAUACUACUGAGGAUAACUCUGAACAGAGAACUAGUCACAUAAGCACGGGGGGAAAUCAGACUAAGCAUUCAACUCCUCGCAGUAGAAAGCCGUCUUCCUACAGUAUGGCAUCAACGAGAAAGAUAGCAAAGCAGAAGAAUGCCGAUAGUGAUCCUUCACAUUUGCAUCCUUUCAAGAAGUUAAAGGGAAAUGGACCAGAUAUUCCAAAUCUCACUGCAUGUCAAACGGAUAUAAUGUCAAUAUCUGCACCAAGUAACAUAAAUCUUUCUGGUUUAGCCUGUCCAGCUGAUGGGAGUGCAGGAAACAAUUGCUCGAAGCAAGACGAGGUUGGUGACCAGCCUUCUGUGAGAACUCAGAACUGUUCUCAAGAAAAAAAGCACAAUGAACAACAGAAAGUUGGUGAGCUAGGCCAUCAAACAACGGGUGUUCUGAAAAGGAGGGGACGGCGACCAAAAUUUGAAGUUAGAAGUAUACAACUUCCCAAAGGAGGUGAGAAGGGGAAUGCACAAGUCGAUACUGCUAACGAAUUUGAUGAAAUGGGGUGUAUAACAAAAGGAACAGAUGGACUUGUCAUUGUAGGGUUGCCUUGUAAUGGGAUGGAAACUCCAGAAGCUAAAAAACCUCAUCAGGUCCAAAAUGUGAAAAGUCUGUUGUCCUUCAGUGAUCCAGAGGCUCAAUCAAAUGGUCCAGCAAGACACAGUACUAAGGAGAGUAAUCUAACUGGUGUAGUGAACACUUCAACUCGAAGAAAGAGGGGAAGGCCUCGUAAAUUCCUGAGAGAAUGCCCAGAUACUUCAGUGACUGAUGAGAAGCAGAAAAAAGUAGAUAAUAAAAUGGUUGUGAAAAAUCAAGUGAGGAAUGAAGUUGAAGAGCCUACAAUCACAGCCACAGGAUCUAAGAAGCUUGCUAUUGGUUCAAAACAGUGCAAAAAUAUAGAGAGCAGCACAAUGAAAAUGCCCCUUGCUGAGAAGGAUAAAUUGUUAGAUGGAAAGGGCGUGCAAACAUCAAGUAAGCAACUUGAGAAGCUUCCCAAAAGGGGAAGAAAACCGAGUGGAAAUGCAAACUCUAAAUCAUCCAUUCAAGAUUCUCAAGAUGCAUCUGGGUCAAAAAGAGAUGGUUUUCAGCCAAAUAGCAUGAGAAAAGAAGUCGAAAUGGUCACUGAUGAUGUACCCAGCAAUAUAUCAGAUGAUCAGCCUUUGUCAAGAUGGAUUGAGGGCAUGCACACGCCAACAACUGUUGAUGGAUCAAGAAUUUCUCCUACUAGAACCGUCCAGCAAAGCACAAGGACAAGUGAGAAAAUGGCAGAAAUUGCCAAGCCAACUCCUUCGCUAGAUAGUAACCAAGGUCUUCUGCUUGAUCUGAAUCAUAACUUGCCUUUUGUGAAGACCUUUCCUCUUUGGCAAACCAUUGAAGCUAUGGAAGUAUUCUGCAUGAUGCCGCAGAAACCACACUUCAGUCCUCUGUAUGCUUGUAAAGAGAGUUCUCGAGAAGGGUUAGCUAUAGGUUGCAUGGUUACCUUCUCCAGUGUUGUGAAAAAGACAACCGAGUUGCAAUUUGAAAACCCUAGAAGCUCCAUUGAGGACAGUCUGGAAGCUCUCCUUGACUUGGAAGGCCACGGCUUUGAUGUGCAGAAUGUAAGAGAUCGUCUUACUGGGUUGCUACUGAUAAAGGAUAGACAGGAAGUCCUCCAGGAUCAAUCAAAAGAAGUGAAAACUCGGAUUAUGGAGCAUAAUUAUGAGAUAGGUAGAAUGCAUGAAGAGAUUGAGGAGAUUGAUAAUCAGAUCAGGAAGUUACAGGAAAGACGAGCAUUGGUUGUUUCAGCAACGGAGGUAAAGGAUUCUGAAAUGGCGUCCUUGAAAUCAAGAGUAGGCUUCAUUGAUGAAGGCAUGGAGAGCAUCAAGCAUGAAUUUGAAGAACUAGCAGCUGCCCCCUGGUAAGCACACUUUAGGUAUUAUGUAUGGAAGUCGAUAGAAAGAACCUGCAGUUGUAGUAAAGUUGGUGGUAAAUCAGAAUAGCUGCGUUAGUACCCUCACUGUUAUUUUGGGUUCAUUUGGUAUGAUUCACUAGGACAUUAUGUU